CAGGUGAUAUCCGACGACAGCCAGAAGUCACAGACCACCUGGCCUAGUGUCCAGCGUCCAGUGACCGUGUACAUGGUGCUGAUGGGCAUCACCAGGAUGGACACGAGCAGGUCUGAAAAAAAUUAUAGAUGCCGCAGAGGAAGCAUUGAAGAUGGAAGUCUGGCAAAGGGAAAGGUUGGACAAGGUCCCAUCGACAUAGCACAGUGGUGUUGGGUGUAUUCAAUCUUAUCCACUGUGUCCUUUCAGAUCACUUGUGGACCUGCUUUUGGGGACUGUCCUUCAAGCACCCAUUCUUUCAGCUGCUAAAGGCACAUCCUAAUCACUCCGAGGAAACUCUAGCUUCAAAGACCACUGGAACAAAGGCUACAACUGAUGCUCCAAGGGCCCUUGCCCUCCUUACAGUCACUCCAGAAAGACUGCACUGGCUGUGGAAGGCUUGCUGUAUCCCAGGCAAGACUAAUAGAUUCUGCAGCUAUUCUCAGACAAAAGAGGGUAGAGGAGAGCCUCCUGAGUAACCCAGAAAGAAACCAUUAACAGGAACAAAAACCAAGAUGGAUAUUCAGACAUGGUAUUUGAAAACUUCAAAGCUGGCGCUGGCUUUGGCGAUUAUCCACUCAAAACCAGCAGACAGAAGCAGCAGAGAAUAUACAGAGCACCUUGCCACCUUGGUGACCCAGCAGGAGUCCAAAUGGAAAUCAAAAGUUGAAGCUUUAGAAGCUGAAGUUCUGCUAUUACGUCAAAAACUGUUCCUGAGUAGGAUUUCUUCAGGAUUGCUUAAGAAUGGACACGAUGUGUUCCCCCCAUUGCCAGAUCAGGAGCCUACAAGUUCUGAGAAUACAUUGGCUUUGAUGGAUGACUCUGGAUGUGUUUUAUCAAAUGAGCAAAGAAGUGAAUCUGCAGAGUUGUCCCAGCAUGUUGUGGAGAGCUGUAGUCCCUCGUCCCUUCUACCACUGCCUCUUGAGAAAAAGCCAUGCACCACCCUGGAGAAUCCUCCAUCUUCUCACUUGCAGUUCUUGCAACAUCUGCUUGAACUGAAGAAACUGAGAGAAUCCAGUAGUCUGAAAGUGUACUUAACCCACUUUGAAAAAGACUCCUCCGCAGUUUCUGAUUCUGUUUCACAGUUGUUAGAUGGCCUGAUCACGUUUUACCGUAACCCUAAACUCCCUUUCUCAAGCUUUUGGACGGAAGCUGUUGCUACAUUAGCUAGACUGGCGAGUGAUUUUAAUUUAUCUAAUCAUAUUCUUAAAAAAUGUUCUAAGAAGUUGGAAGAAUUUGAGAAAACUCUACUUCAGGCUAUUUUAGGGAACAGCAGUAUAAACCGGUUCCAGGUGCAGCAUUAUGUCUCUCAGAGUCUCGUGACCCUAGGAAGUUGCAGCUUGUUGAGGAAGUCUAUUAUAUUGCUACUACUAUCCGAAGUGAACAGCUUUGUGGACAACCUGGGAGCCAUCAAUCAGGUUCAAGGCAAUUAUGAUGUGACACGCUAUGAAAAUAUUUUCUCUCUGUUCUGGAUUCUGGAGCAACUUCUUCAACAAGAAACCAAGGGGGAGCCCACUUUACACAUUGAUCACAGCAGCCCAGAAAUCCAGACAUUUCUUCAGAAACAUGAUGAAACCAUCUUCCAACUUUCAGAUGCGUUCCCUUUAUUUACUUUUUACGUAUGGAGACUGGGCAUUCUCUUGAACUCAGAAGAGAUGGAGACUGUUGAGAAUGAGUCAUUUCCUUAGCAGUCUACCGUAUAUCAGAAAACGGUGUGCUUAAAUUUUUCAAAGAUGUUUUUAAAUGAGUAAUUUAAACUGAUUGACCAACCUAGUUAUUAACUAAAUUUAGUGAUAAGUCUUUUGCAGAGGAGAAGAUGAAUCGCUGUUCUAUAUUACAAUCAGGCAAUUUCAGUUGACAAUGCCCCUCAUAUUCAUGCAUUGUAUCUUACUUCACUCAAUAGUCUAGCUCUGUUCUCUAAAAUGGACCAACAAUUGUCUAUCUCAUAAUAUGUAGUAAUUGUGAAAAUUCCCAUCUGAUAUAAAUGUACAAAUUGUAAAGAAAUAUAAAUUAAACUUCUGUCAUUUAACACAUUUAAAUACAAGGUUUAAGUAAAUGAUAAAAAAUAAAAAUUUAUUCUGUAGUUGUACUCAUGUCAUUUUCCUCUUGAAGAAUAGUUCUACAAAAGGAGAAAAGGCUUUGGAAACAAAUGGUUUUUAAUUUUACAUAAUCAACAUAUUUGUUAAGUAUUUUUGAAGUAUUAAUUGGUUCUUUAAAAUGUCUGUUUUUAAAACAAAUUUUCUGUUGAUUAAAAACAUUAUUGCCCCUAUGAUUGUUAAAAUGUUGUAAAGUUGCAUAUUAUUAAGUCAUUAGGGAUGCUUUUAUAAAUUUUAAUAUCCUCCAAGAAAUACACUUUAUACUUAUUAAAAGUACUGGGUUGAAUUUUUCCAUUACCCAAUUUUCUUUACUUCAUUUCAGUUAUUAAAAUUAUAACAGACAAGCUUAAUGAGCAUACAUUUUGUACUUUUCUAUUGUGCAAUUUAAAGAAAAUAUAAUGUAAUUGUCUUUCCUUUGUUAAUUAUGUGCAAUUCUGUUUUAUAAGUUAAUUAUCAUUUCCAGAUGUCAUUAGUACUAAAAAAUAAACUUUGCUAUUUUCUUCUAUAAUGUAUAUAAAAUUACAUCAUCUUCUCGGAUUAUUUUUGGAAUUAUUUACCAGGAAAUCUGUUAUAAAAAAAACUCUGCAAGAAAUGGCUGUAUAAACAAGACCAGAAAAUGGCAAUAUCAAUGGACAUAUUAACAUGAAAGGGAGCAAAUUUCCUGGGGUCUCACCCCUAGAUAAAGAACUGAAGGCAACUAAUGACUGUUUGGAGGAAGAGAAUUAGCCUGCCACAGUAAUGAGCCCCCUCAUUUGUUAUCCAAUGAAAAGUGCCUCAUUCCUGAAAUCACACACACACCACACGCAUGCACGCACACAUGCACACAUACACAUACACACACUAAGUGAACAGAUGCAGCUCUAUUUAUAUAUUUCUGAAUAUGUAUAAAUGUAUCUAUAUAUGUAUGUAAUAAUAUAAAGAAAAUGAGGCUAUCAACAUGAGAGGGGGACAUGGGAGGAGUUGGUGGGAAGGUAACUGAGAAUUGUGGGAGAAAAGGGAGUGUGGAGUGAUUUGAUUAUAUUUCAAUUUUUAAAAUAUAUGCUUCGAUUAAUUACAUUUAAAAAAACUCCUUUCUUAGAUUUUAAGUGAUGGUGACAGUGGCUUCUUGCCUCAAACCUUCAGGCAGGACACUGACCAGUCCCUGGGAUAACUAUGAUGUUCAUUUGUGCUAGAUGAGUUCCAGAGCCAGGCCACUCCCCUGAGAGGACUGAGCACUUACUGUCCUCUCCUACUGUGGUCCAUUACCAGGGACAGUAGGCUACAACUGAUGGGGUAUUUUAGUUUGCUAGUUGAUAAAGUCUAAGCAUAGCAGACAAUACUGGGCUCAGAAUCUUAUAUGCUACUAAGCAUAAUUGGGUUACUUAAGUAUUCCUUUAUUUAUUUCUAGAAUAAAUGAAGUUUAGUUGAGAUUUCCAAUUGAUGGUAUUCACUUAAGUGGCAUAGAUACAAAUUCUACUCCAGUAUCCGAUUGUUUUGUAAGUCGGUAUGACUAACAUUUCCUGAGGAUAAAAUGUGUUAAGUCCUUAAGCAUGCAAAGAUCAAGAUCAGAUACCCAUAUAUGGAUUAGAGUUAACUCCCAAGAUUUAGACAUGGAAAUAAGUAAUACAUUUGAGCAUAGCUUGGUCUAGCUUCAAAAUGAAAUCAUUUUUUUUUUAUUCAGUCAGAGGAAAAAUAUCUGUUUCAUGACUAGAAUCCAUAGUGUGAUGCUAUCAUCCAAGUAUGAUGUGUGGAUAUAUAUGUGGAUAUGUGUAUGUAUGUGUGCAUGCAUGGAUAUGUGGAUGCCAAAGUUCAAUGAGUGUCGUUUCUUGGGAACAGUCCUUUAGUUGUUUCUGGUUUGGUUUUGUUUCUUUGUGUGGUUUGAGACAGGGCCUCUCACUGGCACCUAGAAAUCUCAGAUUAGGCUAGAUGAGCUGGUCAUCAAGCUCAAGGGACGUUCUAUCUCUGCCUCUCCCGGGUUUGCAUUACAGGUGCAUGCCACCAUGGCUUUUUCAUGUGAGACUCAAACUCAGGUUGUCACGAUUGGGAGGCAAGCACUUUCCCAACUGAGCUGUCUUCUCAGUCCCAUGUUUGAUAUUUUUAAACCAUUUUUUUUUUUGAAGUAAGAAAAUGUCUUCGAGGCUGCCUCUUAGAGAAAAAGAUGGGCAGAAUUAAUUAAUUUAAAAUGUGUCAGUGAUGUGUUCCCCAAAGUAGCUUUAUUUUAGGCAUCUCUUGUUCACGCCUUUUCCUGGGAUGUAGAAAAUGCAUGUAAGGCCUUUGCUUGCCCUCUGCUUGUCAAUAGCACUACAUGUAUGUCCUUUUGAAAUGGGCCUUUGUUGACAUAUUGAAACAACAGUGGAGUUCAAAGGGGAACACAUUGUUAAAGGUAUAAAUAAAAAGCCAACAAAAGCAAGAGAAGACAAGGACAUCACUAAGUCAUCUUACAACACAGGACAAGUGAUACCGUGAUAGUUCUCUUAACGGCAUCUGUCUUCUGGAUUUAAAGUGUAAAGAACAAGCAGUAUCUGUUACUGUUAGGAAAAUGUGUUUCUUUUGAAUGCAUGCCUAAAUGAUUAGGCCAAGUUGUGAAUUUAACUACUCAUUAUUAUUAAAUACCAGAGGUCAUUGGGACUUCUGUGUCUCCCCUGACUUGAUGGAAGCCUUUC